GCCAGAGAGUUGACUGGAAGGAGGACCGCGACUCAAAACUUCACGCUGAAAGAAACACCCUUAUUUUAUCCCCACAGGAUGCCCGGAGGGUCAUUCAGCGUGUCUCUUGACGAGGCACGAGGAGCCCGGAUCCUGAUGUAAUGGCCACACCAUGGACGAGGUGCCUCCUGUCCGUCUUGGUAUUGACCGCAUGUGUUGCUACAGAAGGCCGCCCUCUUCCUCCUUCUCGUCCAGAGUGCCACAUCCCAUGUAGUGAGACCGACUGCACGGUGGAUAUAAUCUGCACUUGGGAUGAAAGUCCAGACAAUAUUUUCCCCACUAACUACACUCUGCAUUGGAAUACUAGUAGCAAAAAGGAGCAUUUUAGGACCAGUGGCUCGAUUCCUCGCGAACACGCCCCCAUACAUGAGAAACUUCAUGUCUGGGUCCGAGCUAGUAGCCAGGACGGCUACGCCGACUCUGAGCCGCUUGAAUUCAGUCCAGAAGAUAUCAAAAAACCGCCUCCUCCAAAAUUCUCCUCUGUCAGUCAUGACCCGUUAGAAGUUGAAUGGGAAACUGUCUGUGAAAAACUGAGCUUUUCAGUUGGACAAUGUAAAGUCCGACAUCGAAUUGGAGAGGACCAAGCCUGGCGUGAGCCUGAGGAUGGGUUGUAUCGCAGCUAUACAUUAGUGGACCCAAUUCCUUGGACAGUCUAUGAAUUUCAAGUGCGCUGCUCCUGCGACGAAACGUUGAUGAGUGACUGGAGUGCUGUGAGUCAAACAAGAAGUGCAGAACUGGGUGACCCAGUUGGAGAAGUUGAUGUAUGGUGGGAUUGUGGUUUGUUCCCCACAAGUUCUGACUGUUAUCUUACAUGGAAGAGUCUUCCUCCCGCUCAGGCUCGCGGAGUCAUCCUGGGAUAUGAAGUCAGAAUUUCUGACGACAAAGACACUCCAGCACUGAUAAACGUGUCCGCAACUGACCCAAGCCGCAAGUUUGUGUAUGACGGGAAGAAAUGGCGCUCCACCAAACCUCUGAAGAAUGUGUCGUCUGUCAGUGUAUCGGCGUACAAUGCGCUUGGUGCUACAUCACCGUCUUUUCUACCUCUGUCAUUGAAAGGGAACCAACAAAACAAUCCAUCCAUUUACCUCAACAUGACUGAAGACAGCCUCACUGUGUCCUGGGAUCUCAAUGCCCAGCUGUCCGACGACGUGGAGGAAUACGUAGUGCAAUAUAAAGAAGUAGAAGGCUCAGGCGGUGAUGGAUUCGACUGGAUCAAAGUAAACAAUAGCAAGACAGCUGGAUUUACAGGUCAGUUUAAAAACUGCGCACGGUACCAAGUAUCCCUGUUCCAAAGACUGCUCAGCGGAGAAGUUCAUCACCUCAAAUCAGUGAUCGCAUUCUCUCAUGAAAAACCUCCCCCCGCCGUGUCCUCGUUUGAAGUGUCUUCAGUGGGAGCAAAUGAAGUGUCUCUGGUUUGGAAGCCGGUUCCACUCAUCAACCAGUGCGGGCUGAUCUUGCAUUACCAAAUAGGAACUGGUACAGAAGAAGUGCACAAUGAGAGUGCCUCCCUGGAUCCACUCCUGAUAGGAGUUCCGGCGGGAAUCAUCGUCAUGGUUAUGGUCAUUUUCGUUAUUGUUGUUGGACUCAGUGUUUGCCAAAGACAUGGAAAAGUGUCUGCUCUGCUACCUCAGUUUUUUGAGAAAGUGCCAGAUCCCAGUAACAGCCGUAUUUUUGACGCGAUGUCACAGCAGAUGAGUGAGCCCUUUAUUUUCAUUUGCAUUCCCAUUUCUGGUCAAGAUCCCAAGAUGUCUGUGCUGGAAAUUGUGGAAAGAAAACCGCAGGAUUUUCAAAUUGAUGGGUUAACUGGACCAGGGGUGGUUGAUGGGUGCUCGCAGACGGAGUGUCCAAACAACGAAAGGAGCAGCGAGGAGCAUGACAGACCAGGCUGCAAAGACAGAAGAGCAGAAUACAGCAAGAUGAUUGACUCUGAUGAGGAUUGCCUCUCAUCAGAUGAAGAAGAGUUCACAUCAGGCUACGAACAACAUUUCAUGCCCACAGCACUGGAAAUUGUGGGCAUAUGAAGACAUCAUUUGUAAAUAGAAGAUUGCAACAGGGAUAAAACAACUCUUAUUUUUUAAGUCACAUAAACAGUAAAGUUUUUUUAACUGCUUUUUAUUUUUGAAAUUGAAUAUUAGGUGUGUGUGUGUGAGAGAUAUGUCCAAUUUGGAUUCAGAUUUACAUCUUAGACAUUCUUAAGGAUUUGUGUUUUUUUUCACAUCUGGAGAACCUGAAAAGGAACAUUGUAUUGUAUCUGUUUUUCUCAGGGGAGCCUACACUGGAUUAAGCAUUGUUACACUUUUGAAAUCUUACAUAAAUUGCUGCCUGAAAAUAAACAUGCCAUAUUUUUCUAAAACUUAAGUCGUGUUAUUGACCA